GGACGGGGACGGGGAUAGGGACGGGCGUGCUCCACUCCGCGCCGCUCCGCGCAUCGCUCCGCGGGGGGCUGGCCGCGGGGAAAAACACCCCAAAAUAACCCAAACUCGCACAGCUUGUCCUCCAGGCACUCCCUGCUGCAGGAUGAAUUAGGAAGGCAAAGCCUUUUCCUCUGAGCCAUGGAGACGAGGGCAUCUUUCAUUGCCACCAUGAGAGAGACCCAGCAUCUCUCCCCAGAGAAGGGUCAGAGCCCAGCAAACGGCAACAGGGAGCAGUUUGAUUCAGAUGAGGGCUCCAGCAUUGAGGAUGCAGACUUCAACUGGGACGAAUUCCUGGAGGAAACAGGAGCCAGUGCUGCUCCCCACACCUCCUUCAAACACGUUGAAAUCAGCCUUCAAAGCAGUUUCCAACCAGGGAUGAAAUUAGAAGUGGCCAACAAGAGCAAUCCAGACACGUACUGGGUGGCUACGAUCAUCACAACAUGUGGACAGCUCUUGCUGCUUCGUUACUGCGGCUACGGGGACGACCGCAGGGCAGACUUCUGGUGUGACGUGAUGACAGCAGAUCUGCACCCCGUGGGCUGGUGUACACAGAACAACAAGGUCCUGAUGCCUCCAGAUGCAAUCAAAGAGAAAUACAUGGACUGGACGGAGUUUCUCAUCCACGAUUUGACCGGCGCCCGGACGGCUCCUGCCAAUUUGCUGGAAGGUCCUCUGCGAGGAAAAAACCCUGUAGACCUCAUUACAGUUGAUUCCUUAAUAGAGCUGCAGGAUUCCCAGAAUCCCUUUCAGUACUGGAUAGUUAGUGUGGUUGAAAAUGUUGGAGGAAGAUUACGCCUUCGCUAUGUGGGAUUGGAGGAGACUGAAUCCUAUGACCAGUGGUUGUUUUACUUGGAUUGCAGACUUCGACCAGUCGGUUGGUGUCAAGAGAAUAAAUACAGAAUGGACCCACCUGCAGAUAUCUAUUCUCUGAAGACUAUAUCUGAGUGGAAAUGCGCUCUGGAAAAAUCCCUUAAUGAUGCAGCAAAUUUUCCUCUUCCAAUGGAAGUGUUCAAGGACCAUGCUGAUUUGAGAAACCACUUCUUCACUGUGGGGAUGAAGCUGGAGGCAGUGAAUUUGAGGGAGCCCUUUCAUAUCUGUCCUGCGUCAGUGACCAAGGUUUUUAACAAUCAUUAUUUACAAGUGACCAUUGAUGACUUAAGACCUGAACCCAGCAAAAUCUCAAUGCUUUGCCAUGCAGAUUCCUUAGGGAUCUUGCCAAUACAGUGGUGCCUUAAAAACGGAGUCAAUCUCACACCUCCCAAGGGUUACUCUGGCCAGGACUUUGACUGGGCAGACUACCAGAAGCAGUGUGGAGCGGAGGCAGCGCCUCACCUGUGCUUUAGAAAUACAUCCUUCAGCCGUGGCUUUACUAAGAACAUGAAGCUGGAGGCAGUGAACCCCAGGAACCCUGCAGAGAUAUGUGUUGCUUCUGUCACCUCAGUGAAAGGACGGUUAAUGUGGCUUCACCUGGAAGGUUUACAGAUGCCCUCUCCAGAGUACAUAGUUGAUGUCGAGUCCAUGGACAUUUUCCCUGUGGGCUGGUGUGAAGCGAAUGCUUAUAACCUGACUCCACCACACAAAGCUAUUUUGCGAAGGAAGAGAAGAAUUGCAGUUGUGCAACCAGAAAAGCAGUUACCAUCCACAGUGCCUGUUGAGAAAAUACCUCAUGACCUCUGCCCGGUUCCUCAGCCAGACACAACAGGCACCAUCAAUGGGAGAUACUGCUGCCCCCAGCUCUACAUCAACCACCGCUGCUUCUCAGGUCCAUAUUUAAACAAAGGCAGGAUCGCAGAGCUACCUCAAUCUGUGGGGCCUGGCAAGUGUGUGCUGGUCCUCAAGGAGGUUCUCAGCAUGGUGAUCAAUGCAGCUUACAAGCCAGGGAGUGUUUUACGAGAACUGCAGCUAGUGGAAGACCCUCAGUGGAAUUUCCAAGAGGAAACACUUAAAGCAAAGUACAGAGGGAAGACUUACAGGGCAACUGUUAAGAUUGUGCGGACGUCAGAUCAGGUGGCAGAUUUCUGCAGGAGGGUCUGUGCCAAGCUGGAGUGCUGCCCCAACCUGUUCAGCCCUGUGCUGGUGGCUGAAGUCUGCCCCGAGAACUGCUCCAUUCACACUAAAACCAAGUACACUUAUUACUAUGGGAAGAGGAAAAAAAUCAUUAAGCCACCAAUUGGGGAAAAUAACAACGUGAAAAGUGGCCAUGUCAAGCCAGCCAGACGCAGGAAAAGGCGGAAAUCCAUCUUUGUGCAGAAGAAAAGAAGAUCAUCAGCUGUUGAUUCAAAUGCUGCAGGCUCUGCAGAGGAGAGCGAAGAUGACGAGCCGGACGCGAUGGAGGAUGAGACGGGAAGUGAGGAGACCAGCUCGGAGCUCCGGGAUGACCAGACGGACACGUCCUCGGCCGAGGUGCCCUCGGCCAGGCCCCGGCGAGCCGUCACCCUGCGGAGCAGCACCGAGUCGGACAGACCCCCCGCCACGGAGAGGGCCCGGCGGAGCCGGAGACCACAGCCCCACUCCUACAGCGAGGCAGAGAAGGGCUCACAGGUCAAGGAAGAAAUUAAGCAAGAAGAGGAAGAGAAGCUUGUCCUGGACAGUAACCCAUUGGAGUGGACUGUGACAGAUGUUGUGAGGUUCAUUAAACUCACUGACUGCGCACCCCUUGCCAAAAUAUUUCAGGAGCAGGACAUCGAUGGCCAAGCCCUUCUGUUGCUGACACUGCCCACGGUGCAGGAGUGCAUGGAGCUGAAGCUCGGUCCAGCCAUCAAACUGUGCCACCAGAUCGAGCGAGUAAAAGUUGCAUUCUAUGCACAAUAUGCCAACUGACUGCACUUCUCCACUGCUUUCUGUCCUUCCUCUUGUUCCCUCUCUUUUUUAACAUUUC